AACAGAUCGGUCAAACUAUCAGUAACAGUUGAACUACUUUGCUGUGGGAAUUCCUGCCUGGGGGUCUGAAUACUUUUGUUUAACUUUGUUUUUGGGGACAAGCUGAAAUAAAUGUCGGCUCUGACUCAAGUCCUGAGUCCUGGAGCUUGCGCUUACCUGUGGAGCAAAUGUGUCAACUGGCAAGCAACGGUUUCCGCUAGUGCCGUGUUGUGAUGGCUAGUCCUCGUCGCUAGCAGCAGGCUGGCUAGCAGUAUGUAUGGCUGGUCUCGGUACUGCUGCAAAGAAGGCGAUCAUUAGCUCGCAAGCGUGCUACACUCGCUCGGUUGUUAGUUUGUUGUAGACAGUUUGCCAUCUCUUAACACUGCUGAUAAAGCCACAUAACGGACAAUGCGUUGAAUAUCACAGUAAGAAAGAUCACCAGAUGGAAAUAUUAUAUUAAUACCAAGUGGAUUACUUAUCAUGCCUUUCAAAAUCAUGGAGUACAUUUCUUCACAACAACAUGCGCGCCGUUAAAUCAAAUCUCGACCACUGCUGCAGAGAUUCCGUGUCCUUACAUUUGGAUUUAUCAGGCGGUUUUUAAAGACCAGCAACCACGACUAGAUGUGCACUGAUUUUUAUAAAUGCGCUUCCGGUAAAAUAUUUAUUAUGUGUCUACACUGGUUGGAUGUGCUCAGAUUCCUAUAAAACUUAUCGUGACUUCGUGCGACGGAAGCCCAAGAAAGGAAGUCCAGGACGGGAUAGGUACACAGAAACUACCUGCUCCUAAAGAAACAUGGCCUCGGUUUGGAAGAGACUGCAACGUGUGGGGAAACAUGCCUCCAAAUUCCAGUUCGUGGCUUCCUAUCAGGAACUGAUGGUGGAAUGCACUAAGAAAUGGCAACCAGACAAACUGGUGGUGGUUUGGACACGCAGGAGUCGGCGGAAAUCCUCCAAGGCCCACAGCUGGCAGCCUGGCAUCAAAAAUCCCUACAGAGGAGUGGUGGUGUGGCCUGUACCAGAGAACAUAGAAAUCACGGUCACUCUUUUUAAGGACCCCCAUGCAGAGGAGUUUGAAGACAAAGAGUGGACAUUUGUCAUUGAAAAUGAGUCUCCAUCAGGGCGGAGAAAGGCCUUGGCCACCAGUAGUAUAAACAUGAAACAGUAUGCCAGUCCAAUGCCCACGCAGACGGAUGUCAAACUCAAGUUCAAGCCCCUGUCAAAGAAGGUGGUGUCAGCCACACUGCAGUUCUCCCUCUCCUGCAUCUUCCUCCGUGAGGGAAAAGCCACUGAUGAGGACAUGCAAAGCCUGGCCAGCCUGAUGAGCAUGAAGCAGGCUGACAUCGGCAACCUGGACGACUUUGAGGAGGAGAACGAGGAAGACGAGGAGAACAGGGUUAACCAGGAGGAGAAGGCUGCCAAGAUCACAGAGCUCAUCAACAAGCUGAACUUCCUGGAAGACGAGGAUCAGGAAGCGUCUUCUGACAUGGGCACUAAUCCCUUCGAUGAACCUGAUGGCGACCUUCAUCCUAACCACCUCAACCCGUUUGGUGAUCCUGACGAGGAAGAGCCCCCUGCCCAGCUGGUCUUAAGGCAGCGGGUUGAUGAUGAUUCCUUCUAUGGCCACGACCCCUCAAAUCCGUUUGAUGAGCCAGAUGAACCUGGGACUGAAACCCCCCCAGGGAAUCCCUUCGAUGAGCCCGACCAGGACAUGGACCUCCAGCCAGACCCAGAACCCCCCAAGCCCAUGCAGAGGAAAGGAGUACGGCCUGUCGACAUGAGCAAGUACUUAUACGCCAACAUCUCUCACAACGAGGAGGAGAUGCUUGAUGAAUCCAACCCGUUCUACGAGCCAAGGACAUCAAGCCCUGUGCGGCCCUCCGCUGGCAGCCCGUCCCUGGAUGUGGGCAGCGGCCAGAAGAGGAGGGCUCCACCGCUCCCAAGUUCCAGCCCUGGCCUUGGCCCAAGUUUGCCAGCUCCCAAACCCAGCUCUAACCCAGACAGGGAGAGAGCCCAGCCAGUCGGGCCCAGCCCAGUUGCAGCAGUGAUGGGGAGAGAGCUGGCCUCCUCUUCCCCCAAGCCCAGCCCCGUCCCAAGCCCAAUUCUGGGGGGGAAGCCCAACGCCAGCCAGUCUCUACUGGUCUGGUGCCGUGAGGUCACCAAGAACUACCGCGGGGUUAAGAUCACCAACUUCACCACCUCCUGGAGGAAUGGGCUGGCCUUCUGCGCCCUGCUGCACCACUUCAGACCUGACACAAUGGACUACAAGUCACUCAAUCCUCAGGAUAUUAAAGAAAAUAACAAAAAGGCAUAUGACGGCUUUGCGAGCCUGGGUAUCUCCCGUCUCCUGGAACCAUCAGACAUGGUGCUGCUGGCCAUUCCUGACAAGCUAACCGUAAUGACCUACCUGUACCAGAUCCGGGCCCACUUCUCCGGUGAGGAACUCAACGUGGUGCAGAUAGAGGCCAACAGCAGUCGCAGCACCUACAAGGUGGGCGACUUUGAAACGGAUACAAACGCCUCCAUAGGUCAGGACAAGUUCUAUGCUGAACUCAACGACGUGCAGCACCACCAGGCUAAUUCUGAGCCCGUUGAAUCUGCUGGUGGUGUUAACACUGAAUCCAAUGGCAUUAAAGCCGCUGAGGAAGAGGUGACGGAGCCGGUUCGGAAGGCCGAAGUAGGAGCUGUCAGCUUGCCAGCAGCAAGGCCUUUGCAGUCCUCCCCUCCUGUCCCAUCGCCACGCACAGCAUUAGCCGCUGCAGCGACAGACUCGACCCACGUGACGCCGUCAAGCUCUGAGUACAGGGGGAAUCUGCUCAAAGCCAACACUUUAGACCUUAGCGAGUUACCACAGAGAGUGGAGAGAGAAAUGGAGAAGGGAAGACAGCAGAAGGAUGAGGUGGGAGAGGAAAGAAGAGAGGCAAGUACAGACCCAGGGUCCCCCACCAGGAGAGGGGCCUUACCGCCCCACCAGAAACUGGGUUUCUCCUACAACAGGGAUGCCGACCUCAUCAAGAAGAAGAGGGCCAGCCUGCGUCACUCGGAGUCUGAGCCAGCCUCAGACAUCAGCUCUCCUCCAGUCAACCACACAGACACGCCUCCCAAACAGGAGCCAACACCUGCACCUGUAUCAAGUCCCCCUGCUGAGAAGAAGGUGCUGUCUCGUCAGGAGGAGCUUAAAGAGAGAGCCAGAGUUCUCCUGGAGCAGGCCCGCAGAGAUGCUGCAAUGAAGGCAGGCAACAAGAACGUCCCCAACUCAGCCGUCACUGUGCCAAACAGUGCCACAAAUGUCUGCGAUGAGCGGGAUGCAGAACGGCGGAGACAGCUGAGAGAGCGAGCCAGGCAGCUGAUAGCUGAGGCUCGAUCUGGAGUCAAGAUGUCUGACAUGAGCCUGCUGGAUCCAACCAGCAGUGAGAGAGGCAAGGCCAACAAGGCUAGCCCUGCUGGAGAUGUUUCGGAUGGAGUGAGAGGUCAUCGUGAGGAUGAUGAUGUUGAUGGUGAAAGGGGUGAGGAUGAGGAAGAGGGGAGGGCUGAGGAAGAGCAGGUCCAUUUUGGUGGUGGUGAUGAUGAUGAUGAUGAUGAUGAUGAUGAUGAUGAUACUGUUGCUGCCCCAUCUGCAUCUGCGCUGGUUACUAACCCACUGCCGCUGGAGGCCCCUCGUCCAGCCACCUCCAGCACCCACGUACCCCUGGAGCUUACUAACCCCGGCUCUGAGCUAACUUCUCUGGGUACAAACAGUAAGCAUGUGGAUCUGAAGCUGAAGAAGCUGGUGGAGGUCAGCCCAAGAAGAGUCACCUCCCCUUCAUCCCCGUCCUCCACCUCCUCCUCAUCCUUACCCACUACCUCCUCCACCUCCCCAGUGAGCCCUACAGAAGGACUGGAGAAUAACGCUGAGGAAUUGCGAGCAGAGCGGCUGCGCAGAGCGACAGAGAGGUUGCGUAGCCCAGUUGUCUUCAACAAGGAUUCUGCAGUCAGGAAAACACAGCUGAAGUCCUUCAGCCAGUAUGUGGAGAGCCGACCAGAGGUGAAGAGGCAGAAGUCUGUUCCUGAGGAUCUGAAGAAGGCUGAGGAGGAUAGAGGUUCACCGACGGACCUUGAUAUUCGCAGACCAUUUGAAGAGGAGAAGGCGUUCAAAGACACCAGUCAGUAUGUGGUUGGGGAGCUGUCUGCGCUGGAGAGCGAGCAGAGGCACAUAGACGCCCGAGCAGCUCGCGUGGAGAAGAGGCUGCGCUAUCUCAUGGACACAGGCAACAACAAGGAGGAGGAGGAGGCCAUGAUGCAGGAGUGGUUCAUGUUGGUCAACAAGAAGAAUGCACUCAUCAGACGACAGAACCAGCUCUCUCUGCUGGAGAAAGAGCACGAUCUGGAGAGACGCUUCGAACUGCUGAACAGAGAGCUGAGAGCCAUGCUGGCUAUAGAGGACUGGCAGAAGACGGAGGCCCAGAAGAGACGAGAGCAGCUGCUGCUGGAUGAGCUGGUCAUACUGGUCAACAAACGAGACGCACUGGUCAGGGACCUGGACGCCCAGGAGAAACAGGCCGAGGAGGAGGACGAGCACCUGGAGCGGACGCUGGAGCAGAACAAAGGAAAGAUGGCCAAGAAAGAGGAGAAGUGUGUGCUUCAAUGAUUGUCAUUUUCAGAAAAACGCAACCAACAAAUGUAGCCGAUAAAAAAAAAAAAAAAAUGUAUCAUUAUUAUAA